CUCUCUCUCUUCGAAGCAGUCUCCCAGUCUGUCAUUUGACCAGGCAGUUCACAGAGGCGAGAGCUCAGCACCAAAAAGAAAGCAGAGGAAAAAACAGAGACAGAGCGAAGGCGGCACGUUCAGUAUUUAGCUUGCUGGAAUCUUUCUUUCUUGCUGUUUAUUACCAGAUAUAUAUUAAAGAAAAACAGUGAGUGAGGAUUACUUCUUUGGCAGCUGCUUUUGUGGACUCUUGGCUUGUUGGAUGUGGACUUUAACUCUGUUUGCUGUCAACUGAGGAGGAGGAUCAGCUGACACAUUUUUUUUUCGGGGAUUUACACUUUUGAGGAGUGAAACCUCUACUUGUGUGUGUGAGUGACAGACUUGAGGGAGGCCAAAAAGAGAGAAAGAGAGGUGGGAGAGAGAGAGUGCCGGGCCAUGCCCACUUCUGCUCAUGGUUCAACAGCAUGAAAGGGGGCCACCAUCACCAUCGCCACCACAGAGGCUGUGGCUGCCAACACUUGUUCCGUAAAGUCCUGGCCAAGUGUGGCUGCUGCUAUGCCAGAGUCAGAGAUUCAUACUCGGCAGCAGGCAGUGAGGGCAGCAUCUCCACCUCUGUGGCUUCGCUGCCCCCGCAGGCAUCCGGCAGCUCGGCCCCCAGCUCCCCAGGCUCCAGACGCUCUGUGAGCACCCUGAAGAAGUGGCUCACAAACCCUGUCCGCAAGCUCAGUGUUGGAUCCACUGCCAAAGGAGAGCGUCAGGUCCGCAAACUAGAGGGGAAGCCUCCACCUCUUCCGUCCCACAGCCAUAGCCAAGACCUGGGCAGCCCCCUGAGGCCUGAAGACACCCUCACCAUCCUGCCUGUUACUCACAGAGAACUGGAGUGGAAAGAUGGCCUGGCAAGCCCUGAGGACCUGUCACCAGCUACGCUACAGUCACCCAGCUACAUAACUGACUCGCUGAUUGGCUGCACGUCACUGCCAAACGCUCAGGACACUCAGUCCACCAGUGUUCUUCCAGAUGACAGUGGGUCUGUCUUGAUGGACGACACCUCCAGCCAAUGGUCGGCUGCUGCUGACACUGAGGAGGAGAGGAAGAGUGCCUUAGAGAAAAGCAUGUAUGUUCUGAAGGAGCUUAUCGAGACAGAAAAGCACUAUGUGGCAGACCUGGGCCUCAUAGUGGAGGGUUACAUGGGAACAAUGAACUCCAAAGGUGUACCGGAGGAUAUGAAGGGAAAAGACAAGAUUGUUUUUGGGAACAUUCACCAAAUAUUUGACUGGCAUAAAGACUACUUCCUGGGAGAGCUGGAGAAGUGUUUGGAAGAGCCAGAAAGGCUGGCUCAGCUCUUCAUUAAACAUGAGAGGCGGUUGCACAUGUAUGUUGUGUACUGUCAGAACAAGCCCAAGUCGGAACACAUUGUCUCAGAGUAUAUUGAAACAUACUUUGAGGAGCUCCGGCAGCAGCUGGGCCACAGGCUGCAGCUCAACGACCUGCUCAUCAAACCUGUCCAGAGGAUCAUGAAGUACCAGCUAUUGCUGAAGGACUUCCUAAAGUAUAACACCAAAGCAGGGAUGGACACAGAGGAGCUGGAGAAAGCAGUUGAAGUGAUGUGCUUUGUGCCAAAACGUUGCAACGAUAUGAUGAAUGUGGGCCGACUACAAGGCUUCGAGGGGAAGAUCACGGCCCAGGGCAAACUGCUCCAGCAAGACACCUUCACUGUCAUCGAGCAGGACUCAAGUUUUCUGUCUCGCGCCAAGGAAAGACGAGUCUUCCUCUUUGAGCAGCUGGUCAUCUUUAGUGAGCCGAUCGACAGGAAGAAAGGCUUCUCGCUCCCCGGAUACACCUUUAAAAACAGCAUUAAGGUGAGCUGCCUGGGGGUGGAGCCCAGCGUGGACGGAGACGAUGCACGCUUCGUUCUGACUUCGCGCAACCCUGACGGGAGCGUGGUGCGCUUCCAGCUGCAGGCGUCCUCCCCUGAGAUCUGCAGAGCCUGGGUCAAUGACGUGGUGCAGAUCUUGGAAAGCCAGCGCAACUUCCUCAAUGCCUUACAGUCACCUAUUGAAUACCAGCGGCGAGAGAGCAAGUCCAACAGCCUGGGGCGCAGCAUGAGGCCCCCUCUGUCUGCUGCCAGCGCCCUACGACCCCACUCCUCGGCCUCUAUUGACCGUCAUAAGCUGCCCUCCCUCCACUCCCACAACACCUCCCUGCCCACACUCUACCUGCCGAGCCAAGGCCAGAACCAAGGACCCAGUGAGACCUACUCCCUGAGAGAUCCCACUGUGGUCCAGCUAUGCCCUGCUGACUCCCACACUGUUUCUCCAUCACAUGUCCAACUGGGCUUCACUGAUCAGCCAAACUGUCAAGCUGUGUCAAAUGGGCUGUACACUCCAACCACACAAAGUGCACAGCAGAGAGCAGGAGAGGGCUGCCGUCGGGGUCAGGCUGCUGAUGCUGGGAGUCAAGCCCCGUUGUCUGGUCCCUCAGCUGGACGACGUCCCAGCAACCUCGCCCAGCUAGCUGAGGAUGAUCUCUGAACUCCGAUACUAUGUGUUUCCUGGGUCAGGAGGACUGCAGCUCAUGCCACAGCUGUGAAGACGAGACUGGUGGUUUGUUUAUGACAGGCUGGACCUUUACGUGGUUCAGUCGUGAGUUUUGGAGGAUAGUGAAGGAAUAUAUGAAGGAAUAAUGGGCUGUAAGGAUAAAAAUGACUUUGCUCCUUUUUAGAGAGCCGUUUAACGGGAGGUGACGUUGCCUUGAUCACCUUCAGUGUACAUGAACAGCAUCCAGUGGGACGUUACUGGGCUCAGAGUUCUAAAACACUCCGUGGACACUCACUGUUAUGACAAUUUCUGCUUUUUACCUUUUUUUGAGAGGUAGUAGUCCUUACUAUUCUCUCUUUCAAAGGGCGAGGGGAAUUUAUUUGAUGAUUCCAUUCCUGAUUGGGGCAGUCACUGGAGUUACAUGUGUGCCUGAAUGUGUGUUUAUGAGAUGAUGUGUGGAUGUGUCUGUGUGCAUGCGGGCGUGCAAGUAGUGGCAGUGGCUCUUCUUGUACCCUCUGGUAAAAUUCCUUGAUACAUUUUUUUCCUGAUGCCCCAUUUUGAAGAGAAAUAGAGCUACAAUUAUACUUUUUUUUCAUUUCCCUGCUGACAACAGAGGUUGCCGUUUGUGUCGACAAGAACGGGAAAGGCAGAACACUUGAUGUGGACAUGCCACAAGAACUUUGCUCACUCAGAUUUCACCUGAAAGUGAAGAACUUUCUUUCUUGCCACAGUGUCGAGAGCCCCUUGUGUGCUCUAUUAUUCUGUUUGACCGGCCCUCCUUUGAUCUGGACAGGAAGGCGUGAGGGAGCCCCCUGGAGGUUCUCUGUGGAUAUGACGUCACUUCAGAAUACUUUUCACUCUUUGGGCAACUCCAGAAGAGUUGCGAGGUAGAUGCAUUCAAAGGGCCUGCUGGGCUGACCCAAAGUGCUGCAUGCAACAUCUCCUUGGUGAUUGACUAGCACAUCGCUACUCUACAUAGAUCUUUCUUUACAAGCCGAAGUGGGUUGCUUGUGUCCUUAAAAAUGCAUUGGUUUCAGCUAAUAUGAAUUGUUUUAUUAGUCCACUGUUGUCAUGUCAAGGCUGUGCACCAUUUCUAUAAUCUCUGUUAGCUUUCGCCCUCAUGGACUAAAUACUGUACGAUGCAUACCAUAAAGGCAACCGUACAUUUUCUGCUUGUAGGAUGAAAAGUGACCCAGGUAUGCCAAGAAAUGUUACGGUUCUGCCUGAUUAAAAUGAAAGUGUUGUUGCAGAAACAGAAUGAUGCUGACAAAUCUGCAUGCUCCCCCUUCCUCAACAGUGCCAAAAGCAACAGCAGUUCACCACUCGGAUGUUCCAUGCUCCUUCAGCUUGCCACCGCUCCGACAAAACAAUCAUAGAUAUGUGUUUCUAUUUGGACUGUACAGCCUAAAAAGAGGAGAGGGGAGCACAUAAAGGGGGCUAGCCUGUCAGGUUCUUCUUUUUGGCCGGUAGAGGGCCCCACAAGGCUUCCACUUCCAGUUUAGUUGGAUCAUACAGCUGCACCAAAGAUCAAUAGGCCUCAUAUUUCCGUGCUCACGUUGGAGCUGCUCAGUAAUCGGUCCAACAAACAAUAAAUUACUCAAAGUAAACUGAUAGGUGGGACAUCAGACUAGCUGAACCAUCUCACUGAAGCCGUCUGUAUUAAUGUGAACUGACGAGUUUUCACGGGAAUUACUGAUCAAGGCAGUUUUGCAUGUUAACACAAAGGAAUACCACUACAGAGAACCAAAAACAAGGACAUGAAACCAAGAGAGGGUUGGUUAUUGCCAUGUUUGAGUAGAAACAGUUGUAUCAUAUCAAAUAAAAAGUGUCUUUAUGAAGCUGA